AUGACAGCGACAGAAGGAAAUACACCGAUUUCGACUGCUGUACGUGUGACAAGUGUAUCGGCGACAACGACACAUUCAGCAACGACACAUUUAGCCUCGCCAGCUGUGACUCCUGUCGACAAAAAUCCGCAAUCAGAAGAUAGAGCAUGGAUCGCGGGCCCUGUCGUUGGGUCUGUAGCUGGUGUUACUCUUGUUAUAUUUGCCAUUUUUGUGCUGAAGAGACGCAAACGAGGUCAAAGUGCCAAGGUUGCAGUGGAUGUGAAUAAUGAAGGUGGCUAUGACAAAGUCGAGUUACCAGCUGAGGGAAAUGCACGGCACUCGCAGCCCAGAAUGUCAUAG